AUUCUAUUAUCUGAAAAGGUAAAGAUUGAUAAAGAUCGUAAGCGUUAGAUUAGAAUGCUAAUUAAUUAUUAGGUGUCAUUCAAAUAACGAGUAUAAAAGAUGUCAGAAUCUUCCAGUACACAUGUAGAUCCGGAAGAUACUAUGAAAAUUUUAGUAGCUACUGAUAUUCAUCUUGGUUUCGAUUACAGUAAAAAGAGAGGAGGACACUCCGACGACAGUUUCAUAACAUUCGAAGAAAUAUUGAAGUAUGGCAAAGAUAACGAAGUUGAUUUUAUUUUGUUGGGCGGAGAUUUAUUUCAUGACACUAAACCAACGCAAACUACGUUACUUAAAUGUGUAGAAUUGCUAAGGAAAUAUUGCUUAGGUACUAGAGAAUGCAACCUGGAAUUUUUGAGUGAUUCAGAAUUGGUAUUUCGACACUGUGCGCAAAAACAUGUAAACUAUGAAGAUCCAAAUUUAAAUGUUUCAAUGCCAAUAUUUACUAUUCAUGGAAAUCAUGAUGAUCCAAGUUUUGGUACUGUCGGCUCAAUGGAUGUAUUAUCAGCAACUGGACUUGUGAAUUAUUUUGGGAAAUGGACAGAUCUUACUCGUGUAGUUAUACCCCCAUUAAUUCUAAAGAAACGUAAUACAUAUGUUGCACUUUAUGGUUUGAGUUAUAUUAAUGAUCAGAGAUUAUCUAGAUUAUAUAGAGAUGAGAAAGUGGAACUGUUACGUACCAAAGACAUAGAAACAUUUAACAUAUUUGUUUUACAUCAGAAUCGUGUCAAACAUAGUGAUCACGCUUAUAUACCAGAAGGUAAAUUACAAAACUCCCUCCAUUUAAUUAUUUGGGGUCAUGAACAUGAAUGUCGUAUUAACCCUGAAUUUAACGUAGAAGGUGGAUACUACAUUUCCCAACCAGGAAGCUCUAUUGCCACCUCUUUGUGCGAAGGUGAAUCAAAACCUAAGCACGUGGGUCUUUUGAAAGUAAAUAAGACUAAUUUUAAAAUGAAAAGUUUAAGAUUAAAAAGUGUUCGACCAUAUAUCUUUGAUAAUAUGAUUCUUAGCGAUCAUGACAUAAAAGCACAGGAUUGUAUUUCAUUAACUGACUCUAUAAGUCAUUAUGUAGAUCAAUAUAUCGAAAAUGAGCUUAUACCCAAAGUUGCUGAGCAACUCACAGGAUAUCCUAAUCAACCGAAUCAACCUUUAAUUCGGUUAAGAAUAUUUUAUAAUAAUGAUAAUGAACAAUUUGAUACAUUAAGUUUGGCACAAAAAUACUGUGAUGAAGUUGCUAAUCCAAUGGAGAUGAUUAUAUUUCGUAAAAUAAAAAGUGGAGAAAAAGCAAAACGUACUUUUAAUGAUGAAAAUGAUGAUUUGGAUGAUAUUACAGAAUUAUUCCAAACAGAUAUAGGACAGGAUUGGAAUAGUACAGUACCAGGAGGAAUCAAGAAAUAUUUUGAUAUGGAAGAAAAUAAAGAUAAAUUAACAGUAUUGACUGUAACAGCAUUAAAUGAAGCGCUAAAUCGAUAUGUUGAUACAGGUGACAUAGAUGCUUUUAAAAAUAUUGUAAGCGAUCAAAUGAAAAGAACUAUUGAAUAUGUAAAAUCACAAAACAGUGAGAAACCGGAAGAUAUCCGUAAAGAAAUUAUAAAUUUCCGCGAUAAAAGACUUUCAGAAGAACAACAGGAGCAGAGUAAUGUUCAAAGGGCAUUAAACAAUCCAACACAAAUAAAUGUUAAAAGUGUACAACAGUCUCGCAAUGUUGAAGUUAUAACUGAUAGUGAUGAUAGCAAUGAUGAUUCAAAUUCAACCAAGACUAAAGGAAGAGGUAGAGGUAGAGAUCCUAGAGGUGGCAGAGGAUCCAGAGGAAAUCGAGGUGGAAAAAAAGCUAAUGAAAGAAACACUUCCAUUGAAAAAAUGCUGAUUUCCAGAAGUGCACAAUCAAAACAAACAACUCGCGAUCGCUGUAUUGUUAUAGAUGAUUCCGAUUAAUUAAUUAUAUAUACAUAAGUGAAGCUAUAUAUAUGAGAACAAAUAUUUUUUUUCUAUAUAUGUAUUCAAAAAUAAUUAUUAUUUUAUAUUAUUUUAUAUAUAUAAGCUAUAUAUAUGAGAACAGAUAUUUUUUUCUAAAUAUGUAUGCAAAAAUGAUUAUUUUAUAUAAAAUCCAAUAAAAAA